AUCUGAUUGGACAGUGUGCAUUUGUAGACUUUAAUAUCCAUCCACCCGAUCAGUGUCUUGACACCGUGAACCUGCAACCCACUGUGAUGCAUGAAAGUUCAACAUGGCUUCAGUGAAGACUUGCAUUUUCUUAGUUUUGGUCCUGGCAGGUUGGCAGCUAGGAGUUGUGUUUGGCCAUGGGCCGGAUGAAGAUGGUGGUGAUGAAAAUGAUGAAGAGCCUGGUGCUGAAAAUGAUGAAGAGCCUGGUGCUGAAGAGCCUGAGGGUGGAGAAGGUGGGGGCCAGGCGGAGCCAGGUGGGGGCGGGACCGAGUGCACCAGGAAUGAGUCCAAUCAUCAGGUGCUGUUGAUGACGAUGAAUUCCGGAAGUAAAACCAAAGGCCAGAUCCGCUGCAGCGGGAGCCUCAUCGACCAGAACUGGGUGCUGACCGAUGCCAACUGCUACCAUUCUCAUCUGGAGGUGGUGCAAAGCGGUAGUGGAAAAAACUACAAGAUCAAAAAAACGAUCAAGAUCGAGAGCAAAAAGGACCAUGAUAUCAGCAUCAUGUUGCUGAAGCUGGACAGAUCCAAUGAAAAGAAAGAGCAAAUGAAAGACCCGACCAUAGGCAUGCCAGACGAGAAGAUGUGCACCAAGCUGACGAAUGACAAAAAGAUGCUACUAAUGGGCUGGAAGGAAGCCACCGCCCUCCACACUAGGGGUGGAGCAGUAAACACAGGCACCUUACCUCUUGCCAUGUGUAGUGACCUGAAUGUGAAUGAGUGUCUGAGAACAUCUGAUACCUGCACAGGUGACAAGCCUUAUAGCGGGCAUGCUGGCGGUGCAUUUAUCUAUGAUGGACUGCUCUAUGGAAUAGUCAAAUUUGAAGACGGAGAGUCUCACUCAAUCAAGUACACAAAUAUCUGUUUGAAAAGAAUCCGGGAAUGGAUCACUAAGCAGACAGAAGGGUCCAGUUUUUUAAAAUGGGUUUCAAAAACAUUUGUGUGA